AUGUCCACAACCGAAAGCACGUACAACAGAUAUGCCCUGAACAUCAAACACACCAUCCCCGCCCGCUCCUCCGUGGCUGUCCCGUUGCGCAAAUCCCAGACUCUGACCGUGAUCAACACACACGGCACACAGGUCAUUGAUUUCUGGGCUUUCCAGAUACCAGCAUCAGCACCGGUGUCAGCAUCAGAAAGAACCACCUCCAAAACAAGCGUCCCAAUCCACCACUCUACAUCGCACACCCGUGCCUCAACCCUCCAUCUAUCGCCAUUACCCAACGACAUCCUCGUGACGAACCGUCGCACCCCGAUACUGAAACUCACCAGUGACUCCACCCCCGGGGUCCACGACACCCUGAUCCCGGCCUGCGACCGGGCGCGGUACACUGAACUCGGCGUGCCCGAGGACACGUACCAUGCCAGCUGCGUCGACAACCUGCACGCCGCGCUGGCCACGCUGGACCUGGUCCUCCCUGACGGCAGCACCCCUCCGGACCCGUUGAACUUGUUCAUGAAUGUCCCCGUCGUCGUGCCGUUGGCCCCUUGGGAGUCCCCUUCAUCUUCGUCCUCGUCCCAGUCGCAGGUCCGACCGGCCGGUGCCCGAAACAACCCCACGGCAGGGGCGGAGCUCAAGUUCGAGGCGCCCGUCUGCAACCAAGGCGACAGCGUCGUGUUCGAGGCCUUGAUCGAUUGUGUCGCUGUCAUGAGCGCCUGUCCACAGGAUUUGGUCAAGGUAAAUAACAUGGAGCCCACCGAGGCGCAUUUCUUGGUCCAGGGGUAG